GCCGAUUUCCAAAUGACAGGAGUAAACGAACGUAAUUAAAUUUUACAGAAUUAUUCGUAAUUUAAAAGUGAAUUGCUUGUUGUCAAGUGGAGAAGAUAGUAAAAAAAUCGAUUCUGGUGUUAUUUGCACCGAGUGUUGCCCAACGCACGGAGUUGUAAUGUUGCAAAAUGGAACAAUUCAGUAAAGCCAACUAACCUUCCCAGCUAGCAACUAACCCUUUUUAUAAAAUAUGAGUAAAAAGAAAGACGGUAAAAUUACAUUAGGAAUGUUAAAAGGUAAACCUGUCACCACUUCAGUUCCUACAAUUUCCAUUAAAUUCCACGCAAAUGCUGAACAAUUGGAAGAGUUGUACGCGAGCGAUGAUGAACACAACGCCAACGACGCCGCUACAGCACAGACGGGGGCCGCAGGAGUUAGCGAGCCCGAGAGUAGCCCCUUGAAGUUGCUUCCUCGUCUCGUCAAACGUUCCACAAGUAUAGACAUCACUCCGAACCCAAACAUCGAUGCUUCGCCCCCUUCCGACCCGUGGCGAUUUUUUUCCGACAUUAAAGGUAAAAUAACCAAAAGUGUGGAGGAAAAAAUCACAGAGAUAAAAGCGCGUAACCAGGACGAAGGUUCGCCACUUAAAACCAAAGUUAAAGACAGUAAAGAAAAUUCGAGUUUGUCCGAUUCAGAGGACUUAUCCGAGAGUAGUAUUUCGAAAACUUGUGGCAUUUUUUCGACAACUGAAGGUGCGGAAAUGUCCAGUGACGAUGAUGACACUCCGUCAAUUGAAAAGGACCGAAAUGUCGGUUUAAGGCAAAGGUUUAGGUUGCUCAAGUCGAAGUCAAGUAAAGAAGGGACGAUUAGUAAGAAGAGUUUAGCGAGCAUUUAUAGCAUAAAUAGUGAUAAAAUCGAGCAAGCUUUGCCGGAAGAAAACGAUAUUGAGAGUGCUGUGGACGCGUUGGAGGAAAUUGGCGCCAAUUUUAAAAUUCUCAAAGAAAUUGAGCAAGAUUUUGAUAACAUUAAAAUCGACGAUGAGAAUGUUGUCAAUAUCAAGGAAGUGAGUGGUGAGGAAAUCAGGGAAAUCCAGUCGAAACCACAGACCGUGUACGCACCUGUUGGUUUCGUCGAUUUAAGGGCGAGAAAUGAAACGAUAAAAAAGGGUGUUUCCCGAGGGUUUUUUCACAUUUUUGCCAUUGUCCUGGCUUAUGUUUUAAUCCACAGUUACUCGAGUUAUUUGGCUGGGUUUUUGAUCGGUGUUUUUGUGACUUGUGUCUUUUAUUAUGUGAAAUUUUUGCUCGAUACUCCGUCUCAUAGCCCGGCAAUUGCCAUCCAGACGUGCAAAGAUAUUUUACAAGUACCGGCAGUGAAGGAAUUUCAACCGUUGACUAAAUACGAAGGUUGGGUUAAUGAAUUUCCCGAUAAUUACAAUCCUCACACUUACCACAUCAGUCAAACACAAUCGGUGUUUUUGCGUUUGCAAGGCAAUUUACUUCGUCUGAGUCACACAAAAUCGAAAGUUGCCAAAAGGGCGCUUUGGAACGAACCGAAAAUCAAACCGAUUUUCACACAUCAUCGGGUUUAUAAUCUAACUGGGGCACAAGUGAGUUUGUUGCCGGUUGGUUUGGCGAAGAAGCGUCAUUGGAGUAAGAAAUAUCCGAUUUGUGUGACUUUGAACAAGGAUCAAAUGGAUUUUAUUGAAUCACCAAUCGAGAAAAAACGCAGUCAAGGGAAUAAGAAAAAGUUUUCGAUUCUGGCACAAAGGUUUAGUAAGUUGACGGAAGAAAACGAAGAUUUUGAGUGUGAUUCGGAGAAUUCGAGGGCGAGUAGUCCCUCACCACCAUCGCCAGACGAUUCAGAUGAUAAAUUGUUGAACGAAGCCUUGGAUGAUGCUUUGAAAGACGAGGAAAACGAGGUUUUACUCGACGAAGAGUUUGAGUCGAUUCCGGACGAUUGGAGCGGUUUGACACCACCAGAUGAAAGUCCGACCCAAACGAAACUAUUCCUUUUCGGACGAACUGACCGAGAGAAAGAAGACUGGUUCAGGAGACUUAAGGCGGCCACACAUAAAGGUGCAAACUUACCGUCAAGUGACACCUGCGAGAUUUUGACUGAAAGUGACUACAUAAAGUAUAUGAUGAUUUUUAAUAAAAUUAAGGUCGAAAGUGACGUCCAGUGGAUCAAUUCUUUGGUCGGUCGAGUCUUUUUCGAUUGUUUACGUGACGAUAACUUCACUCAAGGAAUCAAGGAUAAAAUCCAGAGUAAAUUAUCGUCGAUUAAGCUUCCAUACUUUAUUGAAGGUUUGAUGGUGACUGAACUAAAUUUGGGUAAAACCCCGCCUUUGAUUCACAAAGUAACAAAACCGAGCAUAGACGAACGCGGGUUGUGGAUCGAUCUCGACGUAACAUACGAAGGUUUAGUCGUUUUAAUUUUGCAAACUAAACUCAACUUAAUGAAACUGAAGCAGCCACACUCUAACGAAACGGUAAAAGAACGUUCGGCGAUGUUCAAUUCCGAUCUUGAGGAUUCCCCUGAAAGCACCUCUGAUGAGGAAACUCCGAUUUUCCCCAAUCCUCCGGCACUGGAUUCCGGUCAAAGCGGGAGCAAUACGAGUAAAAAAUUCAUCAAAAUGGUAGACCGCAUAGCGGAAUCCAAGUUUUUCCAAGCCGCCACCGAAUACCGUUAUAUAAAAAAAGCGAUGGAGGGGGUUUCCAACACCGAUUUGCGACUUAAAGUCGAGAUUAAGGAACUGGUGGGCACUCUAGUUUUGAACAUUCCGCCGCCUCCGAGUGACCGUGUUUGGAUUGGCUUUCGACCAACCCCCGAGCUGGCUCUGGGGGCGCAACCGAUCGUAGGCGAACGCAAUAUCACGUUUUUGCGGAUUACCAGUUGGAUCGAGAAGAAGUUGCGUUUGGAGUUCCAGAAAUUGUUAGUGAUUCCCAACAUGGAAGACUUCAUUGUACCUGUGAUGAGUCCAAAACUACCGGAAUAACACGUGAUAACACAGUACAGGGCACUUUUCGUCUAGUCUCAAUGUGAAAACAACCUUGACGUUCGUAAAAUUUUUUUUCAAGUAUUUAUUUUCGUUCAGUAUGAGAAAUACAAUUUUGUAAUUUUCUACCAAAGGACCAAAUCUGUGAAUUAUUGUUAGAUAUUUUUAGAGAAAUUGUUUGACGACUUCCUUGAUGGACAAUCUAGUGAUGCAUUUAUUUAGUUGAUUUUAUGGUUAUUUUUCCAGUAAUAAACUCCUACAAGAUU